UUUCUGUAUGAACAUAAAACAUCCUUAGCAGAUUAAAAUUCCUAAGCCCAAAGUAUUUGUAAUUGAGCCCUUAAGCACCAGCUCGUUCAGAUCCGCCGUCGGCCAUACUUGCGUUGACGGCACGUACCUAGGACGAACAAAGCUCGAUUGAUCUUUCAACAUCUUCAAUUUUACUGCGCUGAUUGGGAAUUACCCGUUGAAAUAGUGAUUGAGAUCCUGGUGAGACUUCCGGUGAAAUCUCUUAUGCAAUAUAAAUGUGUGUGCAAAUUCUUUCAUAAUCAGAUCAAGAACAACCACCACUUUAUGCGCAAAUUCCAUGAGGUAAAUAGAGGAAAAUACGAUUGUGCUGUUGUUGAGUUUAAAGCUGAAUAUGGGCGCCCGAAUAAUGUAUUAGGGUUGCUUCUCAAAGAGGUGGACUCUGAUGAGAUCGAGUUGAAGUAUCUAUACAUUCCGGGUUGUAGGGUAAGUUUUUUGACUUGUUGUCAAGGAAUGUUAUGCUUGGUUUUGAGCAAGUCUGGUGAUAGUGUGACCCACACGGGUCUAGCCUCCCCGUUAACGGGCUAUGAUGUUCUGAUAUGGAACCCUUUCAUACGAGAAAUCAAGCAACUGCCCUCUGUUCGGGUUCCAGCAGCAGCCCAAGAACUCGUCCGUGGUAAAUAUGGAUAUGAAUUUCAUUUGAAUCGAGCGUUCGGUUUCGGGAUGUGUAACCGUAGCAUGGCUUGGAAGGCCGUAAUGCUAUGGAAUUAUGUCGGCAACUUCGGCAAAAACGAGAAAUUUCAAGUCGCAAUGGUUUGCAGCCAAAGGGUGGGUGAUGGUUCGUGGAGUUGGAAACAAAUUGAUGUGGUUCCAAAUCUUGUUGUGUGGGAUAAAGAAGGUUGUUAUGCAAAAGGGAGGUAUUACUGGCGGGUAUUGGAUGACUGCGAUCGUAAUGCUGUGAUUCGUUAUCAGGGUUGGACUAAAAAUUGCUGGGAUAUAUGGUUAAUGAGUGGGAGUGGCGUCAACGGUGAUGUUGAAUGGAAUAAACUAGUGAACAUAGAAUAUGGUGCAAGCAUAGACAGGCAUGAAUAUUUGAAGCCACCAGUGCAAUCCUGCAAGGCUUGGAAGGAAUGUUUUGUCCCACUCGGGGUGUGGAAUCAUCAGGGAGGAGAUGGUCGUCGUCAUUCUCAUUUGGUUGCCAUUCCAUUUCAAAAUAUUUUAUGUCGUUACUCCGUAAACGGUUGUCCUCGCGAAGGAAACAAUCCUAUGCAUUAUCUAGUUUGCAUUGAUCUUGGAACUCAAGAGAUGAAGUGGGUUUAUUUAACUCCAGGAAAGAAGAUCAUUAAAAUUGUUUCCACUUCAGCGGGGGGGUCGUAUGUUCAAGUUUGCACGGAUACUGAUCAUAUUAACACAGUCCUUGAUAGCGAUUUCAAAAUUCCUCAUCAUGUUGCCUCCUCUCGAACAUACCAAGCAAGUUUGGAAUUCAUUCCAUAACAAAAAACUUGCAUCUAUCUAUCUGUCUUAUUUCGAACUCUUCUUCCAUCUUGUUGCACUUACAUAUGGUUCUACUUUCACUUGGUUUUGAGCAAGUAGUAAUCAGUCUUGUGAAUUCGUUUUAGUGUAGUCUUCAACUGUGUCUAUGUAAUUAAGUCAUUGCCUUUACUUGUAUCUUCGUUUUCUUCAUCAUUAUAUUCUAUAACAGUUUUACUGGUUUUGUAUACUGCGUAGUUUUUAUAAUAUUACUAUUAUCACUAUUA